AUGUCUGGAGAACAGGACAUGGUCCCAGAGACCAAAGUCCUCGCGAUAGCCAGCCAUGUCUCCUACGGGUUCGUCGGCAACACAAUGGCCACCUAUGUCAUGCAGUCGCUGGGCUGCGAAGUCGCCGGCAUCAACACCGUCCACUUUAGCAACCACACUGGCUACCGCCAAGUCAAAGGCACCAAAACCAGCGCCCAGGAAAUCCGCGAGCUCUACCAGGGUCUCGCCCAGAGCUAUCUAACCGACUUUGACGUGCUGCUCUCGGGCUAUGCGCCGUCUGCAGCGGCCGUCGAGGCCGUGGGCGAUAUCGCCGAGGAUCUCAAGCGGAGGGCAGAGUCGAGGCCGGGCUCGUUUUUCUGGAUCCUGGACCCGGUCAUGGGCGAUCUCGGCCGUCUGUACGUGAACGAGGACGUCGUGCCGGCAUAUAAAAAAGCAAUCCGCCAUGCAGAUCUGAUAUUGCCAAACCAAUUCGAAGCCGAAGUCCUCUCCGGCGUCAAAAUAUCCACCGUCGCCGACAUCACCGCUGCCAUCAGCGCCAUCCACGCAACCUACUCAAUCCCGCACGUCAUCGUCACCUCGAUACAGCUCUCACGCCUGGGCUCGUCGACGCCCACCUCGACACUGACCGUGAUCGGCUCAACCAUCCGCUCCGACGGCUCUCCGCGCCUGUUUAGCGUCGACGUACCAGCUCUCGACUGCAAUUUUAAUGGUACGGGCGACAUGUUUGCGGCGCUGAUGGUGGCGCGUCUGCGUGAGGCUGUUUUCACGGCUUCGACAACGCCGCAGCUGAAAUCCACGCGCUCGUGGGUGUCGCCAGAUGACGUUGCGUCGACGGAUUUGCCGCUUGCGACGGCCACGGAGAAGGUGUUGUCGAGUAUGCACUAUGUGCUGGAACGCACCAUGGAGGCGCGCACGGCUGAGCUUGCUGCUGCUGCGGACGAACAGGAUGAUACAGAUGGUAGCACCGACGAGCAGAGACAGUUCCGGAAGCAUUUGCGAGAGACCAAGGCAGGCGAGGUCCGGUUGAUUCGGAAUGUGCAUGCUUUGCGCAGUCCAAAGGUCAUCUUUAGAGCUCGCGAGUGGCAGAGCUCGUAG